CUUCACUCCUCUCCCCUUCCCCUACACUCCCCCACAUUUCUCUUUCUCCUUCUCGGAGCGGCGUCCAUGGCGGCGGCGGCGGCGGCGACUAGGGAUCAGAGCGUGUACAUGGCGAAGCUCGCGGAGCAAGCGGAGCGCUACGAGGAGAUGGUGGAGUUCAUGGAGCAGGUGGCGGCGGCGGCGGCGGCGGAGGGGGAGGCGGAGCUCACGGCGGAGGAGCGCAACCUCCUCUCCGUCGCGUACAAGAACGUGAUCGGCGCCCGCCGCGCGUCGUGGCGCAUCGUCUCCUCCAUCGAGCAAAAGGAGGAGGGCCGCGGCAACCGCGCCAACGCCGACGCCAUCCGCGCCUACCGCGCCCGCAUCGAGGCCGAGCUCGCCUCCAUCUGCGGCGGCAUCCUCCGCCUCCUCGCCGAUCGCCUCGUCCCCUCCGCCGCCGCCGCCGAAUCCAAGGUCUUCUACCUCAAGAUGCAGGGCGACUACCACCGCUACCUCGCCGAGUUCCAGACCGGCUCCGACCGCAAGGACGCCGCCGAGCACACCCUCGCCGCCUACAAGGCCGCCCAGGAUAUUGCUUCCACGGAGCUGCCGCCGACGCAUCCGAUCCGGCUGGGGUUGUCCCUCAACUUUUCGGUGUUCUACUAUGAGAUCUUAAAUUCCCCGGAUAGGGCUUGCACUCUCGCAAAGCAGUCUUUCGACGAUGCAAUCGCAGAAUUGGACACUCUCGGUGAGGAGUCGUACAAGGAUAGCACUCUAAUUAUGCAGCUUCUCCGCGACAAUCUCACCCUGUGGACCUCAGACAUGCAGGAAGAUGGCGCUGAUGAGAUCAAAGAAACAAGCAAACCUGAGGAUGAGCUGUAACCAAAGUAUUACUAAUCGCCAUUCUCUGUUGCUUUUUAGGCGCUUCUCAUCUUGCAAAUUGAUCAUCAAUUUGAAUCACCCCCUCUUCUCUCGUAGUUUCUUCUUCUGGUGGUUUUCCAUCUCCUCUGCUUCUUUCGCUUUCGUGUGUUACCACCAUGCUUUUCCUUUUCCGAAUGCUAUAGAACUCUUCUAAUAUAUAUAUAUGGCUUCUUAAUUUGCUCAUGUGUA